AUGAGAUCGUUGAUAUCUACCUUUGUUUCUUUGCUGGCUUCGGCUACGUUCACAGUUGGCAUCCCACGAUCUGGGAGUGGCACCGUCACUGCGAAAGCGCGCGCCGCAACCUCUACUGCUCGCUCAAACACAGCAGCCAAGGCUGCCGGAAAGCUGUAUUUUGGAUCGGCGACAGAUAAUCCUUUCCUCAACGAAGACGCUACCUACAAGGCGAUACUUAGUGAUAACACACUAUUCGGGCAGCUCAGUCCAGAGAAUGCUAUGAAAUGGGAUGCCACAGAGCCCGAACAAGGCGUCUUCACGUUCACGAAUGGAGAUGUGAUUGUGGCCCUUGCACAAGCCAAUGGCCAAAUUAUGCGAGGUCAUAACACGGUCUGGGGCAGUCAGCUGCCAUCCUGGGUUUCGGAUUCUGGAUUCGACAAUGCAACUCUGAUCAGCGUUAUGCAAAACCACGUCAGCACCGUCAUAGGUCACUACAAGGGUCAAAUAUAUAGCUGGGAUGUUGUCAAUGAACCAUUCAAUGACGACGGGACUUUGGCGUCGAACGUGUUCUUUGAAACGAUAGGUCCUACUUACAUCGACUUAGCUCUUCAGGCUGCACGAGCAGCUGACCCUAAUGCAAAACUCUAUAUCAACGACUUCAACAUUGAAGGUGAAGGUGCCAAAGCUACCGCGAUGGAAAAUCUCGUUACGGAUCUGAAAUCCCGAGGCAUUCCCAUCGAUGGGAUCGGUCUGGAAAGCCACUUUAUACUCGGUGAAAUACCCACGACACUCCAAGCGCAAAUGGAAGCUUUCACUGCGCUCGGCGUGGAAGUGGCAGUCACAGAGCUAGAUAUUCGUAUGACGCUUCCCGAGACCGACGCUUUGCUUGCACAACAGCAGACGGACUAUCAAACAGUUGUUUCUGCAUGUACAGCCGUGGCAGACUGUGUCGGGGUUUCAGCUUUGACAUUGGUGAUAUGCCACCUCCUCCGCAGCACCGACAAAUACUCUUGGGUUCCAAGCACAUUUGCAGGACAAGGAGAUGCUGAUCCUUGGGAUGAGAAUCUCGAAAUGAAGCCUGCAUAUGACGGUAUUAUAGCAGGUUUCUCUUCGUAA